AUGGCUGCAGCACACGGAGACCUACGGCACCUGCUGCCGGGCAACUACAAGCGGCUCAUUUCAGAGUGGCUCGAAGAGGACUGUCCUAGCUUGGAUUAUGGCGGCUUCGUCGUCGGCGAGACCGAGGGCGAGGCCCGGUUAUUGGGGAAGAGCAAGAACCUGAACAGUACCGAAUGGCACGUCAAGGAGGGCGACACUCUGUCUCCAGUCCAACACUGUGCCACAGUUCGCGGACCCAUCCGAAAGAUCCUCCUCGGUGAGCGUGUCGCCUUGAACAUCCUAGCCCGCUGCUCCGGCAUCGCCUCCAAGUCCGCCUCUAUGCUCGCGGCCCUGCGCAAGCAAGGCUGGCAGGGUAUCCUUGCCGGAACACGUAAAACAACUCCUGGAUUCCGAAUCGUGGAGAAAUACGGUAUCCUGGUCGGUGGAGCUGAUCCCCAUCGCCACGACUUGAGUUCGAUGACGAUGCUCAAGGAUAACCAUGUUUGGGCUUGUGCGAAUAAUCGUGCGGCGGCGGAUGGAGGUGUGGGUAAUUCCGGGGACAUCGCGUCUAUUGCAGCUGCUAUUCCAAGGGCGGUGCUGGCUGCGAAGGCGACGGGUGGAUUCUCGACAAAGGUUGAGGUCGAGUGUCGGAGUGUUGAGGAGGCCAACGCGGCCAUUGGCGCCGGCGCAGACGUGAUCAUGUUGGACAACUUCACGGCCGAGGGUGUCCGUGAGGCUGCGAAACAGCUGAAACAGGAGUGGGCAGGGAAAGGGAGGGCAUUUCUGAUUGAGGUCAGUGGCGGACUGACCGAGGAGAAUGCGCCGGCUUAUACCUGCCCCGACGUGGACAUUCUGUCCACCAGUUCGAUUCACCAGGGAACGGGCAUCGUGGACUUUUCGCUCAAGGUCUCAUUGCGGUAG